AUGACUGCACGGUCGGCGCUGGAUGAGGUCACCGACACAAGCGCCUUCGAUCGAUCGCCAUCCACCUUCCGGAGCUCCGUUUCUAGGGAUGGGCGGUUCCCCGCCGUGGUGGGGCGGUACCACCUCUACAUCUCGUACGCGUGCCCAUUGGCGUCCCGGUGCCUCGCCUUCCUCAAGCUCAAGGGCCUCGACCACGCCAUCGGUGUCACGGUCGUGAAGCCCAUCUUCGAGCGGACUAAGGAGAGCGACGAGCAUCGGGGCUGGGUGUUCCCCGCCGCCGCUGACGAGGAGCUCGGCGCCGAGCCCGACCCUCUCAACGGCGCCCGGAGCGUGAGGGAGCUCUACGAGAUCGCCAGCUCCAACUACGCCGGGAAGCCAACCGUCCCCGUGCUGUGGGACAAGCAGCUGAAGACGGUGGUGAACAACGAGAGCUCCGAGAUCAUCCGGAUGCUCAACGCCGAGUUUAAUGGCAUCGCCAGGAACCCCAGGCUGGACCUCUACCCGGCCCACCUUUGGGCCUCCAUCGACGAGGCCAAUGAGCUGGUCUACGACGCCAUCAACAACGACGUCUACAAGUGCGGCUUCGCCAAGAAGAAGGACGACCGUGUGCUCGUGACGGAUUUGGGGUCGCUCACCAGCAUCCAUGACAGGGCGCGUGAACUCUUCUACUACCUCAAGGGUGCGCAGGUGGACUAUGGCGAGGAGCACAGCAAGGCUUGCGGCCACAACAGGUUUGGGAGAAUAUAUCACAUAGGGCACUAUCCUGUUCGUUACGAGCAUAACCUAGUGCAUUUUGUGGGGCACUCUGCUGGCGCGCAGGUUGUGAGGGUGCUGCAUCAUAUGUUUACUGACAAGGCAGAGGAAGUUGUGGUGGAAAAGACCAAAACAAUGAUAAAAAGCAUCUACAUCUUGUCAAAGGUUCCUUUGGACAGAACAUCCUCCGUCUCCCACCACCCGAGCGAUUUCCUCUCCCUCGCGUCCCACGCCAUGCCCUGA